UUUUUUCUUCUUCUUUCUUCAACUCUUCUUCUUCAACUCUUCUUCUUCCUUCAACUCAAACCUUCUUUCAACUGGAAUUCGCAAACACACACACACACAAACCAGCGAUCGAAGCGAACAAAGCCAACAAAACCCAAACCAAAAUGUCUGGAUUGCCUGGGCUGCGACCGAGCCCUGCGACGCCCGCGAGUAGUGCGCCUGGCACGCCAGCGACGCCUCAGGGGUCACUGCGCCCGCCGCUGCCGCCUGGACCCGCGCCGUCCACCCCAGCGCCGCCAGUCCCGCCGAGCGCAACGUCGGCUGUCAGUCACUACAGUUCGCCAGCAGUCAGUGGCAAUCCCAACCCGAGCUCGACUGCUGCGCCGGUCGGCCUCACUGCGCCAUGGCAUCCCAACGCUGCUGCUGUUGCUGCUGCCGGCAGUGCUGCUGUUGGUAGUGCGACGGCAGGCUCGGGCACCGGAUCUGCUCCAGCUGCUGCCGCUUCUUCUCCUUCAGCUGCAACCCCGCUCACGGCCGCGGCUGCGCAGUCCAUCGCGUUCGAGCCGGCAGUCUCGGUGAUCGAGAACGUGCUCAAGGCGACCCUGCAGUGCGCCACGGACAAGCUCCACUCGCUCCUCACGGUGUCGUGCUCGACGCCAGGGCGCGAAAUUCCGCUCGCCAAGUCGCUCGUCUGGGGCCAUGACGCAGAGUUUGACCAUGCGUGCAUCUCGCUGGCCAACUUGUCGCAGGCAUGCACGACUGCCGUGUUUGGCGCCCUGGUGACGUGGAAGAGCGUCAAGUCGGACGAGGCUGCGCACGCAUUUGUUCAAUCUGGCCAGCACGAAAGCGGCAAUCUGCUGCUCGGACAGCCCCCGGGCCUCGCAAGCCCGGCCUCCCAUCCGUCUGGCUCCAUGAGUGGCACGCUGCGGGAUGCACACGGCUCGGCUCUGUCGUCAGCCGGCUCUGCUGCCUCGAUCGGCACGCUCACGCCAGGCAGCAGCUCCUCUACGCUGCGACCGCUGUCGCCCGUGUCAUCCGCCUCAACCAUGGGCCCACAGACGUCGCUUGGAGUCGCAACCGUUGGCAAUCUGGCAGGCAAUGGCUCUGCUUCGCAACCCACGACGGGCGGGCUGCCUUCAUCGCCCAGCCCAGCUGGGCACUCAAACUCGCUGCCACCCGGCGGGCUUGCCCACCACCGAGCCGUGAAAUCCGCAUCGGAUGUGAAUGCCAAGAUUGCUGCACUUGGCGCGGCUCACGUGACCCCUGGCAGCUCGUUUUCUCUGCCUGCCAACGCGAGCGGCAGUUCGGCCAGUGCAGCUGGCGCAGGUCCUGGAUUGACCAUUUCCACCGCUGGCACAGUUCAUCACGGGCGCUCGCUUCUUCCUGUUAUCAAGGAGCGUGCCACGUUGAUUUCCGAGCUCAUUUUCUGCCGCAUCGUGUCCGCCCUGCUCCACACGGUCAAGGUCAACAUUCCGCAGCAGAUUGUCACCGACGUUGAAAAUGCGUCCUUGCUCCAUUUCAAGUCUGUCGAGCAGCUCUACCCUCAAGCUCCGGAACGCAACCGCGAAGAGCUCGUCGAGUUUUAUGCCGAGGUUCUUGGCGCUCUGUCGCUUUCGAGAUUCGAUUGUAUUCGCCGGCGUUUCCUGGUGGAGCUGCAUCAAAACCACCCACCGCACAUUCUGAUUAACAUCACGCGGGGCAUGCGAUUCGUUCGCCUUCCGAUCUACCCUAUCGAUGCUCUGGAAGAGUCCUUCACUUUUAUGAACGAAUGCGGCAAGUUCUUGCUGGACAUCAAGAAGCAGCCAGAACUCAAGAACGCCUUUGCCGACAUGUUUGUCGAGCUGCUUUUGCCCGUUGCUGCUGUCGCCAAGUCCGAAUUGAAUGUUCCAGGCGUUCGCAACCUCGUUGAUUUGCUGUACAAGGACGUUUAUGACAUGGCCAAGAAGCACAAGCACACUGUGUCAUUCUUCCCCUUGACUGCAGCGUUGCUGUGCCUCAGCCAAAAAAAGUUUUUCAUGGACAACUGGCAUCACUUCUUGGCACACUGCAUUACCAACGUGAAGAGCAAGGAGUUUGCCGUCAUCAAGGUCUCCAUGGACGCCAUCUACCACCUCAUCUGGGUGUACGUCGUUCGCUUCAAGUGCGAGAGCAACUCGGCGACCAAAUCGCGCAUUUCAAGCAUCACCGACGUCCUGUUCAGCAAGGGCAGCCGCACACUCACCCCGCGCGAGGCGCCGCUCGAGGUCUUUGUCAACAUUAUCCGGUUUAUCGCGCGUGAAAAGCUGGAUUUGGCCGUGGAAGACGUCAUCUAUGAGCUGCUGUCUGUCAAGAAACCCGCAAAUGUCACGCUGGCGCCCGAGCGCAUGAUGGUUGGCUUCCGCGCCUUCUUUGCCAUCUGCGAAGGUCUGGUGGCCAAAUCUGCCGAGCCUUCCUUCCCACGCUCGUCGCCGCGCACCUUGAUGGGGACGCUUUCGUCCGUGCUCGGAUCGUCACUUGUUGCGCUGCUGGCGUCCCCGACUGGCGCCGCAGCGUCGACGCUGGCCCGAUCUCCAAUGUUCCGGCGACUGAGUGACUCGGACAUGCUUGGUCGAGGUUUGGGCGGAAGCGGCGGCAGUCCCAACCAGGGUGGCGGCAAUCCUGCCGUUGCCCCCAUUCCCUACAUUGACGAUGCGACGGCCAAGGAGGCUGGUGUUGGCAGCUACUUUGCGACCAUCCUCAAUCUGUUUGGCGCAACGCUGCGCGCGCUGGAUGCUCACAUCGGCCGAGGCAUGGUCAUGACAAACGUCCUCCUCCAGAGCAAGCCGCUCGGGGAAGUCUUCAACGCCGAGCGCCGGCCCCUGCUCAUGCUCUACAAGACAUGCCUGGCAUUCGUCCCGCGCUUUUUGCCCGGCGGCAUGACCAUCCAGGAGCUGAUCGACCUGCUCGCGCGCACAACGAUUCACCUGGACAAUGAGCUUCGCAGCGCCGCCUAUGCUGCGCUCAAAAAGCUCAUCUCUGACUUUCCCCAUCUGCGCGACGACGUGGUCAAGGGCUUUGUCCACUUUAUCGUGACGGAGAUUCCCGACUCUUGUCCGCUCAUCUUUGAGGGCGCGUUGCGCAUGCUGAUCCAGAUUCUCUGCCAUUGGAACUCGACCAUUGGCAACAUCAGCUCGAUGGAUUCCAUCAUGCUCAAGCGCAGCAAUAGCACCAGCACGGGAAGCGGUGGACCAAGCGGGGCCGCUUCCAUCUUUGUUUCUGCUCGCAAAAACUCGCGCGACGCGUUCGACCGUCGAACGGGCUCGGGCUCUGGUCUUUCCGCCCUCGUGUCGCAGUCCGGCAUGCUCAACUCGUCACCGGGCCCCUCUUCCGGGCAAUCCUCGCCAGUGACCCUUUCGAGCAGCAGCGGCAGCAACAACAGCCCCGCUGCAGGCAGCCCGACCGGAACGUGGUCGCCAAACCCAAACAAUCUGAGCGGUCGCUCGCGCCGGUCGAUUUCGUCGGACGGCAAUGCAGUGUCGUCGGCCCGAAAGGCGACCGCCGACAUGAACAAGUCACGCCACAAGAUCUCGCUGGACGUUGUGCAUCGCGUUGAGGGUUUGGCGCUGAUGGCGCUUUGCAGCACCCGCCCCAUCAACCGCAAGCUGGCGUUGUAUGCCUUCAAGGAGAUUCGCACGUUGGCUGGGACUAGCUCUGGCAGCACCAUUUCAGAAAGCACGACGUCGUCUGGAUCUGGUCAGCAGCAGCCCCAGACAUCGCAACAGUCGCAACCCCAGUCAUCGCAACAGCCGCAACCGCAGCAACAGCAGCAGCAACAGCAACAGCAGCAACAGCAGCAACAGCAACAACAACAGCAACAACAACAGCAGCAACAGCAACAACAACAGCAACAACAGUCGCAGUUGCCAAUCGACACUCGCGUAAUGGACAUUCUCGACAAACAUGGUCCCGAGAUUGUCAAGCGCUUUUUCGCAGCAAUGGGCUCGGCCACCACUCCGUUCGCCGUCCUUCUCGUCAUGUUUGGCAUUACGAGCGUGCAGCCAGGAUCCAUGAAUCCGGGCCAUGUCAUUCCGUCAGACUUGUCGCUCUUUGCGCUGGCCGACAGGCGCAUCAGUGCCGAGAACGAUGCUUGGAUGCUUUGCGUUGGCCAGUUGCUCAAAAUCAUUCGCGUGCGCUGCCAACGGGCGGUCGACUAUGCUUGGCCGGAAGUGUGCGACCGAUUCAUCCAACUCCAUCAGCAGAUUGACACUUCGUUUUCCAUUGCAACCGAGUCCCAGAGUGCCAGUUCCGUGCCGGCGUCCGGCGCUGCUCCAUCGCCAAAGGCCACCUCUCGCCUUUCAAUCCUGAAGAGCAACGACAAUGUGCCAAAGCCGAAACGCGGGUUUGACGAAGAUGUCGGGCACUGGCGCAACUAUCUGGUCUUUGCCUGCGCUGUCGGGCGCUCGGAUGACGAGCGUGGGCUGAACAGCCCUUACUCCCAAGCCCUGUUGUCGCCGAGCAAGGACAGUGACACGAUUGGGUCGGCCGCAACGACCGCAGCCUACGCCAUGCUCUCUGGCGCACCGCUCCCUGCUGCUCCAGGCGUUCCCUCGGCCACAAGCACCUCCUCAUCAUCCUCUUCCUCCUCCUCCUCCUCCUCCAGCACUAUGUCAGCCGGCUCGCAUGCGCACGCUGCCCAUCACGCCUCUGCGACCGGAACAGCCAAGUCAUCAGCUGCCAGCUCGGGCAACCUGGCGUCGCUCCGCGACUCGCUCAUGGUGGGACCUGCGAGUGCUGGAUUUGCUGGUUCUGGGAUGGAUUCCGCUGGACGUCGACGCGCAAAGUUUUCGGCACGCGGCAUGCUUCGGAUUUCACUUGCAGGCGUCCGCACCGAGUCGCGAGAUGUCCGUGACGCCUUUGCGCUUGCAGUCGCCCACAUCAACUCGGAAGGGUUCCGGGCCCUCGUCGACGAAGUCCAGCCGUACCUUCAGGAUGCGUAUCGCGCGACGGACGAGUCCAACAUCAAAAAGCGCCGUCGCCGCCAUGUCAUGCGCGUCAUGAUUGCUCGCAUCUUUGGUCUGGCGUCCUUCUCGCUUGCUGAUGCCAAGGGCCUGGUGGAUGAGCCGCACAUUGCGGAUUUGCUGCUGACCUACAUCAAGUCGACCAAAAUUUAUCUUCACGACGACUACUACUUGAGCAAGACGGGCACGCUGGUGAGCUCGACUGGGUCUGGCGGACCCAUGACUGGCACAGCCUCGCCCGGCUCGGCGCUUUUCCCGUCCUCGGCGGGCCACUCGAACAAUUCGGUCGAGCUGGCUGCGGCGGCUGCCGCUCUGGCUGCCGGGCUGCCCGAAGACCUGGACGAACUGCGCCGACACUUUGCCCUGCUCAUCCGACACGCUCUCGAGUCCUCGAUGGGCAUGGCGAGCAUGUACUCGUCAAACUCUACCAUCUCGGCGCGCGGUGGCACCACCACGCCAGCAUCCACGCCAGCGGCAGCAUCGUCAAACUCCUCCUCCUCCUCCUCUUCGCAGCGUCCAUUCCUGCUCAUUCGGGAGCAACGUGUCGAGUUUUUCUUCUUGUUCUGCAAGUGGUGCGGCUACGAGCGUGCCGAACGACAUCGCUUCCGGUUGACGGCCAACCUUGCGCAUGGCCUGACCCCAGAAACCUACCACUGCCUGCUGAUGGCCGUGAGUUCGUUGUGCCACGGCCCGCUGUUCCAGUCCGCGGUGCUGCAGGUGCACAACUUUUUGUUCGACUGGGUGGACUCGAUGUUGAUGAGUGAGCGCGAAACGCUCACUUCGCUCGGUCGUCAAGCCAUCCAAUUCUGCUUGCACGAUAAUAUGGCCGAGCCGCUGCUGCUGGAUUUGGUGAUGGAGCGCUGCUACAUUAGUCCGCCGAAUGUGGCGCUGGGCUACUUCCGCGCGAUCGCAGACGUGAUUGCCUCCGCCCCGCAGCAUCCCUGCCCGCGUGCCAAGAUGCUGGUUCUCGCCUUGUGCAAGCUGGCAGCCGAGCAUGUUGGAUUUCGUGAGCACGCGCUGCUCCUGCUCGAGCACAUUGCGAUUCGCCAACUGCAGCCGAGCGGCGCGAUCGCUCGAGCGCCCAGUGGCUCCAUACCGCCAGUCGUUCCGACCUCUGCCGCUAGCAACAGCAAUGGCACAACCUCUGGAGCGUUCUCAUUCACGCAAUGGUUGCUGCCGCUCGACCGCCAGAGCAUUGCAAGCUCGCUUCCCAGCAUCCACUCCCUGUUUCAGCAAUCCGUGUCUCAAUUGGUUGCGCAGCGUCACCCGGAUCUCGCGAUUUACAUUUUCUGUGAGAUAGUCCAACGUGCGGAAAUCGCCUCGCUUGUGGACAGGCAUGCCCUCUUCCGCAUGCUUCUUCCGUGGCUUGACUCGUUUGCGUUCGACUUGCGCGAUCCAAGUGAAAGCAUUUGUGCAGUGCUCAACAACCUGCUGUAUCUGACCGCGCGUCACAAGGAAGCGCAUUCUGGCGAGCUGGAGCUGCUGUGGAUGCGCCUGGCGGGAAUCAACCACGAUAACUUCCGUCUCGUGCUGGCAUUCCUGCUCCAACUGGGUACCUCAAACUGCUGCAAGGAGUUUGUGCUGUGCGCCAAGACCAUCGCGUCGUAUCUCGUGCGCAUUUCUUUCGAGCGUGCCAGCACUGAGCUCUUGAGCGAAAUGCAGCUGGUGGAACGCGAGGGCUCGACCGUGAUUGCGUUUGACAUUCCAAAAGCCCGUGUCUUUUUCGAGCCUGCAGAGGUUUUGUCGGCCAAUCAUCAACGUCUUCCCCUCAGCCCCGUCGCCGCGACCUCCAAGCCCCAGCAAAUCCCGUCCUCGUCAGCAUCGGCUUCUUCAACCGAUCUUCCGGCACUGCCUGCCUUCCUGUUUGUUGCUCCGCUCGAGCGCGUGUUUGUGCGACCGCCAGACCACCUGCACAAGCCGCUGACCCGAGGAGAUUUUGCCCUGAUCUUGAUCAGCGAAGUUGUCACGCCAGCGCGCAGCGACGAGAUUCUGAAUCAAGUGGCCUUUUUGCUGCAUCGCGGCGUGCUCUGUGCCGAUCACCUCAACCCGUUCGUGCACGACCACGCCAAAAAGCUCCUGGUUAAUAUCGUCCACUUGCUGAACAAGGUUCGCAUGCAGCUGGAUGGCAACUUGUCCUCGACAAGCAGCAACACUUCCACUGCCAGCGACUCGAGCAGCUCCUCCAGCACCUUUUCCAAUCUGGGGCAAUCUUCCGCGCUGUCCGUCUCCACCACGUCGCUCAACUCGCUGGCCGGCCUGCCUCGCGACCCGGCAACAUCCAACGUUGACCCCAUCGCGCUCAUUUCGCUGCGCGAAGGCCGCCCGUUGUGGGCGCACGAAGAUCUCUCGCCCAAGACCGUCUACAUGAGAAGCACCCCACAGCUCGAGACGUUUGUCCGCUCGCUGACUCCGCUCAUGAGCAACCCAGAAUGGCUGCGCGACCGGUGGGCUCAAGAGGCGCACAAGGUCGCCGUGCAGUGCACCUCGCGUCACUUUGCCUGCCGCAGCUUGCAGAUUUGCCGAUUCUUGCCAAACAAAUCGCUGUCCGAGCAGAUUGUUGCAGACACGCUGGCGCGUCUUGCGGAAUCGAUUGCCGAUGCGCACGACGACGCGCAAGGCUAUUCGAUGGAAAUUCUUCUCUUCCUCGAGUCGUUGGUUGAGGCGUCGGAGGGCAAGCACGUGCUCAAGUUCCCACAGCUGUUCUGGUCGGCCUGCGCCAUCCUGGAGUCGAGCUUUGAGCACGAGUUCUUGCUCGCCAUCCGCUUCCUGACGCGGAUUGUCUCCAUGCCGACCUUCGAGACUGCUGCGUGCCACGAGGUGCUGGAGCGUCUUGCGGCGCAGCUUGAGUGGAAGUCCGGCACCAGCCUUUCCGCUCGUGCCGGCGAUGAAGAUUCGGGAUCCGUCAUCUUCCCUGGCGUUGUGGCGCUCGCCGUGAAAGGCUUGGUUUCGCCCAUCGCCGUCACCCCUUCCAUUGACUUUUUGGCGCGCUUUGUGCUGUGGGCGUCCGAGCCGCUGUUCAACUCGCCGACUCAGAAUGGCCUCGUCCUGCUCCUUGUCGCCCUGACAGUCCACCUCUUGGUGGAAUUCAACGAUCCUGACGACGGCCGACUGGCGAUCGGAAACGCGCUGGUGACCUCCUGCAGCCGCAACAAGCUCACCAACUUGUACAAGCUGUACUCGCUCUAUGUGCAUCGCAACUAUGGCAAGGGAGAGGACUCGUGGGCCGACGAAGUGGGCAAAUAUCUUGCCGAGGCAUUCUUCCCGACCCAUGCAGUUGUUGCGUUGUCGCUGGUGGCUGAGCUUGUCAGCCGAGGUCCCAUCAUGUACCAGCGUCCUGCCCUGAAGGUGCUCCACGGCCUUGUUCGCGCGCUGGAUACCACCGCCGCCACCCUCAAGGUUCCCCUUGGGCAGCUGCUUGCCAUUGUGGCCCAAUUCCUGCGAGGCGAUCUUUGGGUUGAAGCGCUGCGUGUGACAGACGCUGUUGUGUCGGUCGGCAACAUCCAGCAAAACGCGCAGCUCCCCAAGUCGCUGCUCAACAUUGCUGCUGCUGCCAAACCGGUCGACGGCGGAAAUGCCGGUCCCCGAGCUGCAGCAGCUCACCAGACAACCGUCCGAGGAGCUCCCCAGCAUCAGCCGCAGGGAAAUCACCAACAUCGCCAGUCCACCGCCACGGGCGUGGCGGCCGCCGCGGCAGCAUCUGCUGCAUCUGCUGUCGCCUCGUCCCAAACGGCCGGUGCCAACAACAACACGCGCGGGAGCUUUGCCGCUGGAAGCUCGUCCAAUGCACACCUGCUGCCUCCGUCUGCCGAGCGCCCUCGCUCACGCCUCUCUGUCAGUGCUGGUAGUGGCAACUUGGGCGGCGGCUCGUCCCCCGUGGCGCACUCGCCGUCCAUGACGACUGCGGGCCACUCGUUCCUGUACAUGCCCUCCGAUGUGCCUGCGUUUGCUGCGCUCGCACUUGGCGGUGCGGUGAAUCCGCUUGCGGGGUCUGGGUUGUCCCCGUGGGCGCUGCCGCUCCAGAGCAUGGACCGCACUCGUGACCGCCUGCGUGCUGUGGGCCGAACGUGUGGACGCGAGCUUCCCGCCGUCUCUUCUGCGCCCAUUUUCCGCGAUCGCGACACGCUUUCUGCGAGCGCUUCGGCAGCCAGUGACGUGACGGCCGAAGACGACGAGGGCUUUGAGACAACAGGCUAUUCGAGCGAUCACAGCGACGAUGCGCUCCUGGACGACAGCCGCUUCUUUGACGACUUUAACUUUUUGGACCAGGCCAUGCAGGAUGUGCUGGACAAUGACAAGGCCACCGCGGCGGCCACCCUCGGCGGGUCUGGCUUGUCGUCGCAGCCCGCAACGCCGACGCCAGCAGGACUCUCUUUGACUGCCUCCGCGCUCACCGCAGCAGCAGCAGCAGCCGCGACUUCUGCCGCCGCUAGUGGCCUCGUUCCCGCCCAGGGACCGCAGAGCGUUUCCAGCAGUACCAGUUCGCUGAUCAUGCCUGCUACGGAGAGCGACGUCGAAUCGCAAGCGUCCGCUGCGCACCAGUCUCGUUCGCGCCCCAUUAGCACAGUUGAUGACUCCUCUCAGCACGAGAUGGAUGCCGACGACAACGGCCUUGACGCCACGCGCACCCCUCGUGCCAUGAAGCGACAAUCCUCGGCCAGUGUUUUCAGCACACCGAUCGCUGCUGCAUCGCGGACAGUCUCGCGCGGCAGCAACCGUAAUUCGCAACAGUUCGACGAUGUGACGAAAGGGGGCAGCAGCCCACCGGCCACCGACGCCAAAGCCAUCAAGAUGGGCACCGUCCGCGCGGAUGGCCAAUCAUCCCCACUUCCGCCUGUCUCGCCCACACAGUCCAUUCCUCGGAGCCGGUCGGCCUUUUCGCUGUCUGGGUUUUUUGCUCGCGGAAAGGACGGCCACGACGGCAACAAUGGUGCGAAGGGGUCGGAGCAUCUCCCCUCGAGUGGACGCGAAACGCCAGUUGCCUCCACAUCGUCUGCAAGCAAUCUCGCUCUGCCGACCUCGACCACCUCCAUUCCCAGCGCCAGCGGUUCGACUGGCUCGGAAUCGCCCGACAUGACGCCUUCCGGCUCGCCGGUCGCGCGGCAACACCCGCCCGUGUUGCAUCCGGCAGAUGCGGCCGAGGAACGAAGCUUCCGCUCACGGUCGUCGUCCUCCUCGUCGUCAGUGUCAACGGCCACCACGAACACCCAUGCAGGCUCUGUCGUCCCGCAAAGCAUUGUCAGCGUGACAGUCGACGACGUUGGCUCGACGGUCGCGGCGAGCGGCUCGCCGCCCAUCAUUAUACCAACCGCCUCGCUGGCCAACUCGAUUGCAAAUGGGUCUGCCAGCUACGAAAGCACGCCAUUCCUGCGCCAGCAGCCCCGCUCAGCCACAGUCUUGGAGAUUCUUCCCGUUGCCGACCGUUCGGCUGAAAACGAGUGGGUCGAGCACAUUGCCCGCUUGACGGAUGAUGUCACGGGAGCCGUCGUCGUGGCAACCUUCUCGCGCUUCAACCGGCUCUUGGAAAUUAUGCGCAAGGAUCAGAACAACCUUGCUUGUCGAUUCAGUCGCGUCUUUGGCAAUCGCUACCCGUCUCUGAGCGCCGCCUUCCGCUCGGACAUUUCCCAGCUCAACCGCAUGGAGAUUCCGUUUGUUUUCGUGUCCGAGGAGACGAUUCGAAGCGAAGCAUUGAUGGAACGCAUCAAAUCAAUCGCCAUCGAAAUUGAUCAACUGGUCGAGUUCUUCCGAGAGCGACGAAAUGUGGUCACUAUGGAUGUGGAUGAUUUGAUCGGAGACACGGAUGCUCGUGCCCAGGACACCAAAGUGACUCGUCUCAAAAUUGUCAAGGCCUGGAUCGGCAUUGUCAAGCUGCAUUUGCAGUUGAUCUUGAUUGUGUCGACCUAUGCCAAGAUGCUUGAACUGAUGCUCUCGCCGCGCAAGCACCCUGAUAACGAAACAAUCAUUCGCAGUGUCGAAGCUCUUCGGAUGGACAUUGCAGAAGUCAUUGGGAGCGUGGACGAUGAGUCGCAGAUUGACACCUCCAAGUACCGCUCUGGCAGUCUGCACGAUCGAGACGAGGCGGCGCUGUUGGUUCGGGACAACCUUGCACACCAGCUGAGCGCGCAGGCCGUCACACUGGUGCGUGCCUUCCGUCGCGUGUGGCCGAACGAUGUGUUUGGCGGCAAGUACGAUGUCGACGACCUGCAUGCGCCGCUCGCGUUGGGCAUUCUGGACAUUCUCGGAGAUCGUCCAGCCAAGGGCGUCUUUGUGGUCGUUCCUCGCGACCAUGUCGUGGCCGACACUUGUCGUCGGUUUAUGGAGCAAACCGUUCACUUGCUCAACUUUUUGCAGCAGCAAAAGCAUUCUCUUACCUUUUGAAUCGUUUUUUUUUUGGUCGUGGAUAGUUUUUUUUUAAUUUGUGUACGUGUGUGUGUGUGUGUGUGUUUGUGUGUGUGUACAUGUUGCUGUCGAAUGUGUGCUGUGUUGUGAAUGAACCAUUGUGCACAUCCGAA